AAACUGUUUUUGUUCUCUGUACCCCAUAAUGCAUGGAUAAAAAGCAAAGACUGAUGUCAAAGAGCACGAGCAGGAGGUCGUGGGGUGUGUGACAGCUGGGCGGAGAGACUGAAACUCCGGAGGCAGCACGCGCGCUGGGGGGGCAGAUGUGCGGCUGAAUCGGCGCUCGGUGCUGCUUUUGUAACCGAGGGGAGAGAGUCCGAGAGGAGGGGGGAGUUCUAAAGGGAGUCCGAGCCGCCGGUUCCGUUGCAGCGCGAGAAAUUUUAGGGGAAGGAUGCAGCGGAACCGGAGAAUUCCUCUGAUGCACGCGCGCUGCUUCCUCUUGUGUGUGAUGAGCGCGUGCUGGACGGCGCUGGAGGUGCGGGGGUCCCAACCGGAGAUCCCCUUAUCAGUGGUGAAACUCUGGGCUUCAGCAUUUGGUGGUGAAAUAAAAUCAAUAGCUUCAAAAUACUCAGGAUCUCAGCUCUUACAGAAGAAAUACAAGGAAUAUGAGAAGUCGGUGCGAAUAGAGGAGAUCGACGGCGCAAAAUUGGUGAAGAAUGUGGCGCAGAAUAUGGAGGAAAUAUUCCGGAAAAAAGCGGAGGCCACACGAGUAAGUAACUUAAGUGGAAAAUAUAUGUAUUCGUUUUGCAAAUUUUUUUCCCAACAGUAUGAGUAUUUCAACGCAGUGCUUAUAAAUGAGGUGGAUGAAGACGGGGACAGUGUGGAGCUGGGAGGAGAGUUUCUCCUGGAACCCAACGAUCAUUUUAAUAACCUAUCCGUCAACCUCAGCCUCAGCGUGGUGCAGGUGCCAACCAACAUGUACAAUAAAGAUCCUGACAUAGUUAAUGGAGUCUAUUGGUCGGAAGCCUUGAACAAAGUUUUCGUGGAUAACUUCAAAAGGGACCCGACUCUUAUUUGGCAGUACUUUGGAAGCGCUAAAGGUUUUUUCCGACAAUACCCAGGUGUGAAAUGGCAUCCUGAUGAACAUGGUGUAAUUGCUUUUGACUGCAGGAACAGAAAAUGGUAUGUACAGGCGGCCACUUCUCCUAAAGAUGUUGUGAUUCUGGUGGAUGUCAGUGGCAGUAUGAAGGGUUUAAGACUGACUAUAGCCAGACAGACGGUCGCUUCAAUUCUGGACACACUUGGGGAUGAUGACUUCUUCAACAUUAUUGCAUACAACCAAGAGAUCCAUUAUGUGGAGCCCUGUCUAAACGGCACUCUCGUUCAAGCUGACAGUACUAAUAAGGAUCAUUUUAAAGAGCAUCUGGACAAGUUAUUCGCCAAAGGAAUCGGGCUCCUGGGCAAUGCACUGACUGAGGCUUUCACUAUCUUAAAUGAGAUUAAUCAGACUGGCCGUGGAAGUUCAUGUAGUCAGGCGAUCAUGCUGAUAACAGAUGGAGCCACUGAAAUGUACGAUGAUGUUUUUGCCAAAUAUAACUGGCCUGAGCGCAAGGUUCGUAUAUUCCCCUAUCUGAUUGGCCGGGAAUCUGCGUUCGCUGAUAACCUAAAAUGGAUGGCGUGUGCCAAUAAAGGUUAUUUUAGUCAGAUCUCCACGCUGGCUGACGUUCAGGAGAACGUGAUGCGGUAUUUGCACGUGAUGAGCAGACCUAAAGUUAUCGACCAUGAACAUGACACAGUGUGGACUGAAGCCUAUGUGGACAGCGCACUCGCACAGGCGCACAAGCUUGGAGAGAAUAAAGGUCCGAACCCGAUGACCACAGUGGCCAUGCCUGUGUUUAGCACUAAGAAUGAAACGAAAAACCAAGGCAUCCUGCUAGGAGUCGUAGGCACUGACAUCCCUAUUCAAGAGUUAAUGAAAACCAUCCCAAAACACAAGCUUGGAAUACAUGGAUAUGCGUUUGCCAUUACCAAUAACGGAUAUAUCCUGACGCAUCCCGACCUGAGGCCCAUGUACCAGGAGGGCCAGAAGAGGAAGAAACCCAGUUACAGCAGCGUGGACCUGUCCGAGGUGGAAUGGGAGGACACAGAGGAUGUUUUGCGCACAGCGAUGGUGAACAGACGAACUGGCACUUUCUCCAUGGAAGUAAAGAGAACAGUGGACAAAGGGAAACGUGUCUUGACGAUGCACAAUGAUUAUUACUUUACUGAUAUUAAAGGAACUCCAUUUAGUGUAGGUGUGGCGCUCUCUCGAGGACAUGGGAAAUACUUCUUCAAGGGAAAUGUUUCACUAGAAGCCGUUAUAUGUGGUAUGGGGAUGACAUACUGUAACACAGAUGAGCACCAUGAUCAUCGUCACCUGACUCAAGUUCAGGCCAUCAGACUCUACAUGACCAGCCGUAAACCACAUCUCAAAUGUGACAGAGAGCUAAUUCAGCAGGUUUUGUUUGACGCUGUAGUAACGGCUCCCUUAGAAGCAUAUUGGACUGGACUGGCCCUCAAUAAGUCUGAGAACCUGAUAAAGCUUUCUGAGAUCGCUUUUCAGUUUUAUCGUCCUGUUGUCAAUAAAAGGCCUCUGAGUGUAAAUGAUGAUUGAUGAAGUUAAACAUCCUCCGUGGUUGCAUGUGUUUGUAGAGAUUUUCUCACUGCGGAAGACAAGGAGGGCGUCUUUAAUGCAGAUCACUUUCCUCUGUGGUAUAAAAGAGCUGCGGAGCAGGUGGCCGGUACCUUUGUGUACUCCAUUUUGUUCAGGUUGAUGGGGGGUGAAAAUAAAAGUGUUGUUUUGGCGAGCACUGCUAUCCAACUACUCGAUGACAGGAAGUCUCCAAUAGUGGCAGCUGUGGGAAUUCAAAUGAAGCUGGAAUUCUUUCAGAGAAAAUUUUGGACGGCCAGUCGGCAGUGCAAUGCUCUGGAUGGGAAAUGUACCAUCAGCUGUGAUAAUGAGGACAUUAAAUGUUAUCUCAUAGACAACAAUGGCUUCAUCUUGGUCUCUGAAGACACUUCACAGACGAACCUCUUCUUUGGAGAAGUGGAGGGAGCCGUCAUGAACAAACUGCUUCUGAUGGGCUCAUUUAAAAAGAUUAAUUUGUAUGACUAUCAGGCUCUCUGUAAAGAGUUCGCAGGUAGCAGUGACAGCGCACGCACUCUGCUGGAUCCCUUCACCACUGUCAAAUGGCUCUUGACAGAACUUGUCAUAUUUCUGCUGGAGUUUAACCUGUACAGCUGGUGGAACUGUGACUCGACAGUCAGAGCCCAGAGAGCUCAGAGGACAAUGAUGGUGCCGUGUGACACUGAAUACCCAGCUUUCGUCUCUGAGCGCACCAUCAAAGAGACCACAGGAAACACUGACUGUGGUGGCUGUAUACGGACCUUUGUAAUUCAGCAGAUUCCCAGCAGUAACCUGUUCAUGGUGGUUGUUGAGAAUAAAUGUGACUGUAGCUCCGCCCUUCCGGUUACCAUGGAGCCCAUUGAGAUUAUUUAUAAUGAGUCUCUGAAGUGCGACAGACUGAAGUUUCAAAAGGAUCGCAGACGGCCACAGUCCUGUCAUCCAUUUCAUCCAGAGGAGAACGCUAUGGAAUGCGGCUCAGCAAAUGCUUUGAGUUUUUCACUGGUGGGCAUUUUAUUCUCAGUGUUGUCGUUUGUGAUCAGCAGGUGACCUCUGACCCCUGCCUUGACCCAUUAGGCUUAAUAUACACUUGAAUCAGAGAGCCUUGCUUCUGCCAAACAUGAGUUCACAGAGACAAAAUCAUCUUUGUGAUGUCUGGAUUACUGAAGAUAGAUGAUAUUUAUUACAAAGACUGUGUUAGAAUGUUCUAAGUGUUUUCUUCAUACAUGUGGACCAGUGAACAAGCCUGGAUAUCAGUGGCCGCCACGAGCGUCACAGCUAAACGCAGUCCAUGUAGCUGUUCUUCAAGGUGCAUACUUUAAUCUUAAUCUGUACUGUGUGAAGCGCAGAUAAAUACUGAGCAGAAAUGUCUUUUAUUUCUUUAUUAUUUGCCUGCCUUUCAGAUUUAUUCUGUGUUUAGUUUGGAGUCUUUAGAUGCAUGACGUGACAAAAUAGGAAUAUUUCACAGAGCUGUUUGUAAGAGUAGCAUACAUUGUCAUCAAAAGAUGAGAUGUAGAAUCUUCACAAACUUUAUAAGUUUUGCCUGCUUAAAAAGUACUUGGAAAAUAACUUUUAAUUGCCUAAUCCCUUUACAUCAAAGGAAAGCCAUGUUAUGUAAAUAAAAACAUAUUUUCCAUCA